CCGUCCGGGACAGCCAUUUUGACUUCCCGACCUUGGACUCUGACGGCUGUCAACCGUCCACCCGGUGCGGUCAUGUCUGCGCUGACGCCGCUGCUGCUGAGAGGCCUAACGGGCCCGGCCCGGCGGCUCCUGGUGCCGCGUGCCCAGGUCCAUUCCAAGCCUCCGCGGGAGCAGCUCGGGACCAUGGAUCUCGCCAUUGGGCUCACCUCCUGCUUCCUGUGCAUCCUCCUGCCGGCCGGCUGGGUCUUGUCUCACCUGGAGAGCUACAAGAAGCGGGAGUGAGGGGGCUGCCCUCUCCCUCACCCUGGGACCCGACCACCCUGCCCGUCCUGAUGGUGCCCGCUGCAUUCCCGGCUCGUGUCCCCAGAGCCCAUCCUUC